GAAGCUGUCACAAGUGUACACUGUUAAGUUUAAAUAAGGGACAUAUUGGCCUUUUGAGAAAUUAUUACAUAUGUAGUUAUUGUACACAUACGUGAAGCUUAGCCAGGGUAGACUUGAGAAGAUGUGUUUAUUUGUUGUAUUACACCGACUGGACAAGACGUGCCGUGAACAGCAGACGGCGCCCCCACGUGUCUUCACAUCUGAGACCUGGGAAUCUGGUAGAGGCACCUCGAUGUACCGUAGAUGAUCUCCUCCAUCAGCCCAUACAGAAUUAAUGCUCCCGGUUGCACGUGGUUUCUGAGGGGAAGUCCAAAGGGGCUAAAGCUAGGCUUAGGAAGUUGAAGAUCAGGAUAUAUGCUGCAACACCAAAAACAGUUACCUACCGCUCAGGCUACCAUGGCUGAGGAUUUACAGAACAUAGAGUUAGUGAUGCUGACUCUUGAAGACUUUGAAGAGGUUGUUGUACUUACUAAACAUCACUUUCUCAAGAGGAACCCUCUUUUCAUUGCGGCCAAAGAAACAUCUGAGAGUUAUGGAGAAUCCAGUGAGUUGACAAUAAAAUCAGCUCUUGAUUCCGGCUUUUCUCUCGGCUUCCGGGAGAAGACGAAGAAGAAGUUGGUGGGUGUGAAUUUAACUUUGGUGCAAAAUGUGAAUCAACUGCUCAAACAUGAUACAUAUAAAUUGACCAAGCAAAGUGCUGUGUACCGCAUCCUCGCCAUGAUUGAUGCUGACGCCACUAUGUUCCCGGAUGUCACAUGCUGCCUUUACCUGUUGAUGGUGUGUGUUCAUGCUGACUACUGUGGCCGAGGUCUCGCACGCAUGAUGACCCAGAAGGUGCUGGAGAUGGGGCGUGAGCGUGGCAUAGAUGCAGCUUGUGUGCAGGCGAUCAACACCUUGUCUGCCAGGAUCUACACCCGUCUGGGUUUUGAAACUGUGAAGUCUCUGGACCUGUCAACCAUCACUGAUGAGUUGGGCCUUGACCUCUCCCUCAUACCUCAGCAGGAAACUACCAUCAAACUUAUGCUCAAAAGAUAGAUUGGCUUUGUAGGAAGUUCUGUACUACUGAUCAUAUCUUUAUUUCUACAAGUACAUGUACUAGGUAUACAGACCUUAGCUGACAUCACUGACAUAAUACUGCAUAGAAAGUCGCUUUUUAUGCAGAGCAUUUUGGACAAAUUAGGUCAGUUUUGUCCCAGGAUGCGACCCACGCCAGUCGACUAACACCCAAGUACCCAUUUUACUGACGGGGAAAAUAGACAACCAAUGUAAGGAAACGUGCCCAAUGUUUCUACCCUCACCGGGAAUCGAGCCCUGACCCUCGCCCUGUGAAGGGAGAGUUUUAGCCACCAGGUCAUGGGGCACGGGGCACGGGGGGCUUUAAGCUUAUGCUUACCUUCCAGUGUGGUCUUUGACCACCAGGUCUGUGUUGUCCAGAGAAUGGGAAAUGAAAAGUAAUCAAAAGUAAUGCAAGGGACGAUAGGAUAGCAGUAAUUCCCUGAAACAAGAACUGGCAACAUGUGAGAUGCCCGCUCUGGCAAACACUGUUGACGCAGAUAACAACAGACUCAAGUCCUGUUCUCACAAGCACCUCUAUGAUAGUACAUUUCUUUUCUAUAUAGACAGACAAUGGUUAUAAAUGACCAUAAUUUUUAAAGGGGUGGACCGGUAAGCCAGCGGAAGGCCUCGGUCAGAUGACCAAAAGCUCCAAAGGCGGGUCAUCAUCUGACUAAAACCCGCGUCAGGAAACAUUUGUCCUGUUUCCUGACGAACCUUACCUAACCUAACCUGGUACAUUUCUUUAGAGAGGGUUAACUGACCUGCAGGAAAUUCCUGCCUCCAUACACAAACUAAAACAGACUUACGUGUAGAUGAAUGGUUCAGAGAACCGACAAGUUGAUAAAUUAGACACAUGUGCAACACUUGGGUAUCUUUAUUGAAGAAACAUUUAGCCACACAGUGACUUCAUCAGUCCAUACAGAGGAGAAUGGUGAAGAACAGGAGUUUGAGGUAAUCAGUCCUUCAGCCUUGAGUCGAUAUAGUCAGUCCAUCAAUCUUCUUCGCACAUAUGCUGUAUUCUUUUCAAGAUUGAUUGAUUACAUCGACUCAAGGCUGAGAGACUGAUUACCUCAAACUCCUCCUGUUCUUCACCAUUCUCCUUUGUAUGGACUGAUGAAGCCACUAUGUGGCGAAACGUUUCCUCAAUAAAGAUACCCAAGUGUUGCACAUGUGCCUAAUUUUACAGACAUACUUGUAUUGUGGAGUCUAUCCUAGCUAGAAAUCCCAGACUAACUAAACUUCUAAUGACUUUCUCUCUCUCUCUCUCUCUCUCUCUCUC